AACCAAACAAAGAGAUUGACAUUAGAUAGGGUCUGAGAGCAAGCGAUACGGUUAAUCCAAUUCUCUCAUUUCAUACAAAGAUCGUAACCCUAGCGAUUUCAAUACAACUCUCAUCUCAUACAAUCGAGAUCAAUUAACCCUAGCGAAAUCGAAGAUGCCGAAGAAGAUGGGUGUGAACAGCAAGGCGGAGGUCGCCAAAUCCCGGAAGAACGCCGCCGAGGCUGAGCAGAAGGAUCGUCAGACACGGGAGAAGGAGGAGCAAUACUGGCGCGAGGCGGAAGGUCCUAAAUCCAAGGCGGCGAAGAAGCGGGAGGAAGAGGCGGAGAAGAAGGCUGAGACCGCCGCUAAGAAAGCUGAGGCGAGGCGUCUCGCUGAGCAGGAGGAGCAAGAGCUGGAGAAGGCUCUUAAAAAGCCGGAUAAGAAGGCGAGUCGCGUCACUGUUCCGGUCCCUAAGGUCACAGAGGCUGAGCUCAUCCGAAGGCGCGAGGAGGAUCAGGUGGCUCAGGCCAAGAAAGCAGAAGACUCUAAGAAGAAACAGACUCGCAUGGCAGGGGAAGAUGAGUAUGAGAAGAUGGUACUUGUGACCAAUACCAAUCGCGAUGAUUCUCUCAUCGAGGCCCAUACCGUUGACGAGGCACUUGCACGGAUUACGGUGUCAGAUAACCUCCCCGUUGAUCGACAUCCGGAGAAAAGGCUUAAGGCUUCCUUUAAGGUUAUCUCUUGUGCCUUCUUUGCUUUUAGCUUAUUAAUUCAUAGCAAGUGUUUGAUUGAUGCUCAGAUUUCGUAA